ACCAAGAAGUCUGAGACAUUCUUGACAUUUUUGGACAAUCAACCUAGUGUCUUGAUCCAGGUGUACGAGGAUGCACAUGCACACAUGAAGGACAACAACUUGCUUGGCAAGUUUGAGCUAUCUGGUAUUCCCCCGGCACCUCGUGGUGUUUCUCAGAUUGAGGUCACCUUCAACAUUGGUGCCAAUGGUAUCCUGAAUGUCUCUGCAUCUAACAAAACUACCGGUAAGUCAAAUCACAUCAUAAUCACCAAUGACAAGGGCCACUUGUCUGCAGAGGAGAUCGAGUGGAUGGAUGAGAUGUAUCAUUAG